AUGUGGUCCAAGAAAGUUCUCAGCGGUUGUAUAUCCCAACUGUUAAGACGUCCGGUAUCACGACCAGGGCCACCACCACUGUACGCAUCGAGUAUAACGCAAAUCACAUGGAUACGCUCAAUUUCUGCGCGGGCGACGGAGUACCUCCAAGUCCAAGACCCGGACCUCACAGAAUCACAACGAACAGUGCGCGAAGCGAUCAGUAAAGUCUGCUCAAAAUUCGACGACGCAUACUGGGCUCAGGCGGAGAAAGAGCACCGGUUCCCCGUGGAGUUCCAUCAGGCGGUGGCCAAGGACGGCUGGCUGGGGAUCUGCAUGCCGGCCGAGUACGGGGGCAGCGAGCUGGGGAUCGCCGAGGCGGCGGUCAUGGUGCAGACGAUUGCGGAGUCUGGGGCUGCGUACGCGGGCGCCAGCGCGGUGCACAUGAAUAUCUUCGGGCUGGAGCCGGUGCGGAAAUUCGGGACGGCAGAGCAGAAACGGCGCAUGCUGGUGCCGCUGAUCGCGGGCAAGCACAGGGCGUGUUUCGGGGUCACCGAGCCAAAUACAGGCCUCGAUACACUGAAGCUCCAGUCCCGCGCCGUCAAGGAUCCCGGAGGCCAGCACUAUCUCCUUAGCGGGCAGAAGAUAUGGAUCUCGACGGCGCAGGUGGCGGAGAAAAUCCUGGUCCUGGCACGGACGACGCCGCUCGAAGAGGUCACGAAGCCGAGCCAGGGCCUCAGCCUGUUCUACACCGACCUCGACCGCGAGCAGGUGCAGGUGACGGAGAUCCCGAAGAUGGGGCGUGCCGCCGUCGACUCGAACUCGCUGUUCUUCGACGGCUGGAAGGUCCCCGCGCAAGACCUCAUCGGCGAGGAGAACCACGGCUUCAAGAUGAUCAUGCACGGCAUGAACGCCGAGCGCAUCCUGAUCGCCGCCGAGGCCAUCGGCAUCGGCUUCGCGGCCUUGAGGCGUGCCGCUCUCUACGCCAGCGAGCGCAAGGUGUUCGGCCGCCCGAUCGGCCAGAACCAGGGGAUCCAGCACCCGCUGGCGGACAGCUGGAUGCAGCUCGAGGCCGCGAGGCUGAUGAUCUACCAGGCCGCACGGCUGUAUGAUUCUGGGUAUGAGGCUGGAGAGUACGCCAACGCUGCUAAGUAUCUGGCGGCUGAGGCCGCGUAUAAAGCCUGUGAACGGGCCGUUCUGGCUCAUGGCGGCAUGGGCUAUGCGAAGGAGUAUCAUGUCGAGAGGUAUUUCCGGGAGGUUAUGAUCCCCCGGAUUGCACCCGUCAGUCGAGAGAUGAUUAUGAAUUAUAUCGGUCAGAGAGUCCUAGGGCUGCCGAAAUCAUACUAG